AUGACUGUGAAUUAUCCUACUGAGCUUCUUAACUCUGUGGAUCCUCCUGGAAUACCUUGUCACAAACUAACAUUGAAGAAAGGAGUUCCAAUCAUGCUUUUGGGAAAUCUGGAUCUUCCAAAGCUGUGUAAUGGAACAAGACUGAUUGUCAGGCAAAUGCAUUCAUAUCUUUUGGAAGCAACAAUUCUCACAGGACAAGGAAAGGGAGACAAUGUGUUUAUUCCAAGAAUUCCCCUGAUUCCAGAAGACAUGCUCUUUGAAUUCAAGAGACUUCAAUUUCCAGUCAGAGUUAGUUUUGCAAUGUCAAUUGACGAGAGUCAAAGACAAUCACUGAAAAUUGUUGGACUUCACCUCAUGCAGCUGUGCUUUUUCCAUGGUCAGCUUUAUGUUGGUUGUUCCAGAAAUGGCAACAAUCACUUCAUGCACCAAAUGGUAAAACCAAGAAUGUUGUUUAUCCUGUUGCUUUACAGUGAUCUCCAAAUGUGA